UAAAAGGACGGCAUAUUGCAAGAAACAAAACGAAACAAAAACAAAAGAAAUGAAAAUUCAGACAAGGCCUGUCCUGGUGGUGAUCGUGUUGGUAAUAAUGGUGUUUAUGAGCUCUUUUAAUGUGGAGGGAGGAGGGAGAGGGAUACACAGCCAAGAUCAGAGACUUCACCAUGUUCAAAAGGGUACAACCGUAAUUCCAUCAGCAAGAGGAGUAGACAACCACCAUAACAUUCCAAGACAAAACUAUGAUAACUGGGGUGGCAAAGGAGGAGACGGUGGUGGCGACGAUGGAACCGGCUAGAAACGCACAAGACAAGGAAGCGCCUAAGACAUGUAUGUGAUUAUGUAUGAAUGUAAAGAGUAUGAUGUAAUUUCUGGCAAUUAUUGUGUGCUUUAUGUGAUGUCUCCCAGUAUAUAUGUGUUACUUUAUAAGAGUGUUAUGAUGUAUAGUGCCGGCUCUUGGCAUGUGCUGAAAGUGCCACAGCACAGGGUCCAAUCUUUUUGUUACAUAUUUACUUCAUAAUUAAAGGUCCAAAAUUGUUCA